AUGCAUUGGUAAAAGACAUAUGUUAGAUAAACUCUUGAUAUGAGAAGGACUAACGAAUACUAAUAAAGUUUUCUUGCCCUAGACUCUACUCUUUCUUUACCUAAAGUCUGCAUUAUUUUCAAUCCUCCUUUCUUUUUUUUGAUUCUACACUCAUAUUUUAUCUCUUUAUCUAUUUAUCUAUUUAUCUAUCUAUUUGUAUGUAUAUCUAUUUAUCUAUCUUCUCCGCCUAUAUUUAAUCUGCCAAAUGCAAAUUUGAUUCUUUCUAACUUUUCUUCCUUCCUUUUUUUAACUCUAAAUAUAAUUACAUACACUACUAUUAAUUUAUUAAUUGAUUAACUAAUUCAACUCUCUCAUUUAGAGUUAGUUCCAUCUUCCUCAAAACCUUAAUUUUUAUCCAGCUAAAAGCAAAUGAACAAUUUUCAUACUCAGAUUUCUUAUUUUUUAAGCCUGCUUCAUUCAUUGUUUCUCUGCACAAAAAGUCUAACUCAAUUUUCUAAACAAAGAAUUACUCAAAAAACUAAUUCAAAACACUCAAAAAAAAUCAAAUUAAUAUUCUUUCAUAAUUUUUCUUUAGUUAUAUUUAAUUUUUGA